GAUAUGAAAGGAGUCGUACGGAAGAGCAAAUUCCGGCACGUCUUUGGCCAGGCGGUGAAAAAUGAUCAGUGUUACGACGAUAUCCGGGUGUCAAGGGUCACGUGGGAUAGCUCAUUCUGUACCGUUAACCCCAAGUUUGUUGCCAUAAUUAUUGAAGCGAGUGGUGGCGGCGCUUUCCUAGUUCUUCCUCUUCACAAGACGGGACGUAUCGACAAAGCCUACCCAACAGUAUGCGGUCACACGGGUCCAGUGUUAGAUAUUGAUUGGUGCCCCCACAAUGAUCAGGUCAUUGCCAGCAGCUCUGAGGACUGCUCAGUGAUGGUGUGGCAAAUUCCUGAGAAUGGCCUUGUAACUCCCAUGUCUGAACCAGCUGUGGAACUGAAAGGUCACUCCAAGCGAGUUGGCAUAAUCACAUGGCACCCUACAGCUCGCAAUGUUCUUCUCAGUGCAGGUUGUGACAACGUAAUCAUGAUCUGGAAUGUGGGCACUGGUGAGGCCUUGAUCACCUUGGAAGACAUGCAUCCUGAUAUGAUUUACAACGUCUGCUGGAAUCGCAAUGGCAGUCUCAUCUGCACCGCCUGCAAAGACAAGUCUGUCCGUAUUAUCGAUCCCCGCAAAGAGGAAAUUGUUACUGAAAAAGAAAAGGCACACGAUGGCGCUCGUCCUAUGAGGGCUAUUUUCCUGAAGGAUGGCAAAGUCCUCACCACAGGAUUCAAUCGUAGGAGCGAGAGACAGAUCUCCCUCUGGGACCCGCAAAACAUGGAAGAGCCAAUGACCAUGCAUUGCAUGGAUGCCAGCAAUGGUGUGCUCUUGCCUUUCUACGACCCAGACACCAACAUGGUUUACCUUUGUGGAAAGGGGGACAGCAGCAUCCGCUACUUUGAAAUCACAGAUGAAGAUCCAUAUGUUCACUUCCUCAGCACCUAUGUCACAAAAGAGUCUCAGAGGGGCAUGGGCUGCAUGCCGAAGAGGGGCCUUGAUGUCAACAAGUGCGAAAUAGCUCGAUACUAUAAACUGCUUGAAAGGAAGUGUGAGCCCAUUGUGAUGACCGUACCAAGAAAGUCUGACCUGUUUCAGGAUGAUUUAUAUCCUGACACAGCCGGACCCGACUCGGCUCUGGAGGCUGAAGAGUGGUUUGCUGGCAAGAACGGAGAACCCAUCCUCAUCUCCCUCAAAAAUGGUUAUGUUCCAACCAAGAGCCGUGAGUUCAAGGUCGUCAAAAAGAACAUUUUAGAUGCCAAGGUGACCACGAGCACAGAGAACUCCUCCUCGGGCUGUCAGAACACAUCAAUCAAAUCCGACGCCAAGCUGGAGGAGGUUUUGAAAGAAAUCAGAGCCCUCAAGGACCUGGUCAGCGGUCAGGAGAAGCGACUUGUCGCACUUGAAGAGCAAAUGUCCAAAAUUGCUCUUUAA